UCGUCUGCUCGGCAAGAAGUUUCCUUGAUUGCAACCACCUCAAGCUCCAAGAUCUGCCCUUUUGGGAUUCCCAGAUCUCUCUUUCUCUCUCUCUUUCUCUCUCUCUCUUUCGCUUGUCACCGGAAUUCGACCUCGCCGGCGGGAAAAGCUUCCGAUCAUCUCCUCGGCGGUCUUUCUUUAGCCGAGACUUUGUUGCUCUACGACACUUCAAUUUACCCUUACCUCUUCAAGUUCUUCUUCAAAUUCGUACUCAUGGCGAUUAGAAUCACCUUCACCUACUCCUCCUAUGUUGCCCGGAAUCUCUCUUCCUCCGCCGGAGCCCGUGUUGGCUCCGGCGGGGAUCUCCGCUCCUGCUUUGAGCAUCUGGUUCGUCCCAUGUUCUUUAGCCAGAAGCCCGAUCUGGACAAAUCUCCCCGGACCCGACCCGCCUCGAUGUACAACAGCAUCGCGAGGGAAAUCAUCGGAGAAGGGAGACAGAGUCCGCUUGUGAUGGGACUGAUCUCGGUUUUGAAGUCAACGUCGGCUCCUGAGUCAAACGUCCUCGCGAUUUCACCGUUCAAGGCCUCUUCUAUGAUUCCGUUUCUUCAAGGGUCGAAAUGGAUGAAUCCGCCGGAGAUUGAUGACGUGGACAGGGGAGGAACGGCGUGUGAUGAUGUUGGCAAGGAGCUCGGGAAGCUGGAGUUGAGUGAUUAUAAGGAAUCGAGUGGAGGAAGCGGAUGGGUUAAUAAGCUUUUGAACAUCUGUUCGGAGGAUGCUAAGGCUGCUUUCACGGCGGUCACCGUCUCUUUACUUUUCCGAUCGGCUCUUGCGGAGCCAAAGUCGAUACCUUCCGCGUCUAUGUACCCUACCCUUGACGUUGGUGAUCGCAUUAUGGCCGAGAAGGUCUCAUACUUUUUCAGGAAGCCAGAGGUUUCAGAUAUAGUAAUCUUCAAGGCUCCUCCGAUCUUGCUGGAACAUGGUUACAGUUCUAAUGAUGUCUUCAUAAAGAGGAUAGUGGCAAGUGAAGGUGACUGGGUUGAAGUUCGUGAUGGAAAGCUCUUUGUGAAUGACAAUGUGCAAGAAGAAGAUUUUGUCUUAGAGCCAAUGUCCUAUGGAAUGGAACCAAUGUUUGUCCCACAAGGUUAUGUCUUUGUUCUAGGAGACAACCGCAACAAGAGUUUCGACUCUCAUAACUGGGGUCCACUUCCGAUAGAGAACAUUGUCGGAAGAUCUGUGUUCCGGUAUUGGCCACCGAGCAAAGUAUCAGACACCAUAUACCACGACCAAGCUUUGCCAAAGGGACCAGUUGCUGUUUCAUGACAAAAUAAAGUUGGAUGCUUCUUAAGAUUAAGCACAAUAUUGUGCGAACCUGCCUGGUCAGAAUUGGGCAGCUUAGGAAUUGGAAAACUCAAAAUGUUAUGAUAUCUACGGAUACAUUAAUCUAUCGUUAUGGAUCGUAUGACAUCUGCUUCUUGCUGAUGGUCGGGAAGCCGGAGAAAUUAUGUGUACAAAAGGAGUGGAAGAUGCAAAGAAAAGAAAAAAGAAAGCUUUAAUGUGAUUGUUGUGUGUGUUCAACCCUGAAAGCCAGACAGUGUCAAGGCAAUUGUCAAACAGAAGGGUAUAUAUAUUUUUUUUCCUUCUGAGUUAUGUAAAAGAACUCUGUAAACUUGUGUUGUUGUAAAAGGAUAAUUCCAAUUAGGGAUAAUGUUAUAUCAAUGCUUAAUUUUGCAUU